AGUAAGUGUAAACAGGAAGAAGAGUGCAAAAUUAAGCAGUGUCGACGAACAUUGCGUUACAUUGACAGGAUCUGUUUGAAGUCGCAAUGCAGGUGUACAGUAAGCUUAAACGUAAUUAAUUUAUGUUUAGCACAUGAUGUAAAGUGACUCGACAAAAGUUAUUAGAGAAAACAUCGGGUAAUGCUAGUUUGCGGUUCUGACAUCGUUGAAACACGGGUCCAGUUCGCUUGCACCAGAGCGAGCAGACAGUCCAGAUAUAGCCCAGAAAGCUUUUAACACUGUACGUGAAUGACUGUCGUGUUUUUAACGAAGAAAUCUGCAGCUAACGUUAACGUUAGUUCGUGCAGAUAAUCUGCAUCCGAUAGAAUUCCGCUCCCUACCGGUGACUCAAUGACCUACUAACCCAGUAGUGAAUCGAGUUAGUGUUUCUGUAUAAGAAAGCCUUUUGCUGACGACUAGACCGAUAAUUCCAACAGAAAUUAUCAAGUACAAUUCAAAAUGGUUCAGAAAGACAAAAUAAUCGAGUCGACACAGUCAGAAAGUGAAGCAAAUCCAGUGCCAAGCGAAGCUGUUGCGGAUACGCAGUGUCCAGUGGACGAGCCCAGUAUCGGGGUUGAGCGAACAGGCCGCAGGAAAUUCAUCACUGGUGUUGUGGAGGGCUUCUAUGGACGGCCAUGGACUAUGGAACAAAGAAAAGAGCUUUUCAGGAGGCAGCAGAAAUGGGGGUUGAACACCUAUCUGUAUGCCCCAAAAGAUGACUACAAACACAGAAUGUUUUGGAGAGAAAUGUAUUCUGUUGAGGAAGCAGAACAACUCACAACUUUAAUAAGUGCUGCUAAAGAGCAUGGGAUUGAGUUCAUUUAUGCCAUUUCCCCUGGCCUGGACAUUACAUUCUCAAAUCAGAAGGAAGUGUCGACACUUAAAAGGAAGUUAGACCAGGUCUCUCAUUUUGGGUGCAAGUCCUUUGCCUUACUGUUUGAUGACAUUGAUCAUAACAUGUGUCCAGCUGACAAGGAGGUAUUCAGCUCCUUUGCACAUGCUCAAGUAUCUAUCACCAAUGAGAUCUUCCAAUAUUUGGGAGAACCUGAAAUAUUUUUAUUUUGCCCCACAGAAUAUUGUGGAACAUUUUGUUAUCCAAAUGUGUCACAAUCGCCUUACCUGCGCACAAUAGGUGAAAAGCUGCUUCCUGGUAUUGAGGUGCUGUGGACAGGUCCCAAGGUAGUUUCUAAAGACAUAACUGUUGAAUCUAUUGAAGAAGUCACAAAGAUACUGAGGAGAGCUCCUGUCAUCUGGGACAAUAUUCAUGCUAAUGACUACGAUCAGAAGAGACUUUUCUUGGGGCCUUAUAAAGGCAGGUCCACAGAACUCAUCCCUCGGCUGAAGGGAGUCCUCACCAACCCCAACUGUGAAUUUGAGUCUAAUUUUGUGGCCAUUCACACGUUAGCCACGUGGUAUAAGUCUAACAUGAAUGGAGUGAGAAAAGAUGUUGUCAUGACGGACAGUGAAGACAGCACUGUGUCCAUCCAGAUAAAGUUGGAAAACGAGGGCAGUGAUGAGGAGCUAGAAACAGACAUCCUCUACAGCCCACAGAUCGCGCUCAAGCUGGCUCUCACUGAAUGGCUGAGCGAGUUUGGAGUGCCUCAUCAGUACAACAGUCGGCAGGUUCCUCACAGUGGAACUAAAAGCACUUCUAUAGAUGUUCCUGCACUCACUGUGCCCAGUCUGGGCACUUCCACUACAGUGACUACAGUCUUCCAACAGCCCAUCAUGAGUCCAUCCGUGCCCCUUAGCGAUGAACCACAUGUGCUUGGCAAAGGAGAAGAGGUGGAGGUGGAGAAGAAGGAGUCUGACGAAGAACCCAUGGAGAUGGUCGUGGAGAAACACGAUGAGGUGGAGGACAAUAAAAAUGUCAACCAGAUCCUCACAGAGAUUGUCAAGGCUAAAAUGACAGAAGAUCUCAGACCCAUGGACACAGACAAAGAGAGCCUGACAGAGUCCAAGUCCCCAGAGAUGUCCAUUCAAGAGGAUUCAGGCAGCGACAUUGCACCGAUGCAGACUGAUGAUCAGCUCAGUAAGGAAGUGUUUGUUCCAGGCCCCAAUGAGAAGCCGCUGUUUACUGCUGAGCCACUUACUCUGGAGGAUCUGACCCUGCUAGCUGAACUCUUCUACCUGCCAUACGAACACGGUCCCAAAGCAGUACAGAUGCUGAAAGAGUUUAACUGGUUGAGAGCAAAUAGCAAUUAUGUUAGUGUGAACUCCAACGCAAAGGAUCCAGAGAAGGUAGCUGAAUGGCAAUCCAGAGCGGAAAACUUUGAGGAGAUGUGCUGCUCUGUCAUCCAGAUGUUCACCAGACUCUCCAACUCAGCCAACAGGACCAUUCUUUAUGACCUGUAUCCCUAUAUCUGGGAUAUAAAGAGUAUCAUCUCAAUGGUGAAAUCAUUUGUUCAGUGGUUAGAUGGAAGAAUCUUCAGCACAAGUUUCUACUGCUAUCGGAUGGACAGUGCCCGAUGGUGUCGUAGUCAGUCGUCAGCACAGUUCUUAAGUGGCGACCAAGAGCCCUGGGCCUUUAGGGGCGGUCUAGCAGGAGAGUUCCAGAGACUGUUGCCAAUUGAUGGGGCAAAUGAUCUUUUCUACCAGCCACCACCACCAAUGCCAACUUCUAAAAUCUAUACCCUAAGGCCUUACUUUCCCAAAGAUGAGUCUGCCAUCUACAAGAUCUGCAAAGAGAUGUUCACUGAGGGCUGUGACGGCAUCUCUUUCUCAGAUGAGUCACCGGACCUUAUUGGAGACAGGUUAGUGGGAGGUUUCCUGACACUCAGCCCAGACUAUGGCUUUGUGCUUGAGGAUGAGGAAGGUAUCUGCGGCUAUGCUCUGGGCACUGUGGAUGUCAACCCUUUUGUGAAGAAAUGCAAGAUGAGUUGGAUUCCAUUCAUGCAGGAGAAAUACAACAAGCCAGACACAGAGAAGGACAUGUCAGAGGCUGAGAAAAUGAUGCUAAGUUUCCAUGAGGAGGAGGAAGGCUUACCAGAAUCGUUCCUCAGUAACUUCCCGUCACUCAUUAAAGUGGACAUUCAUGCAAAGGUUACCGACCCCAGUGUUGCCAAAAGCAUGAUGGGAUGUCUCCUCUCAUCAUUGAAAGCCAAUGGUUCACAUGGUGCUUUCUGUGAGGUCCGGCAGAUGGACAAAAGGAUGUUGGACUUUUAUAGCAAACUGGGCUGCUUUGAAGUGGCCAAAAUGGAGGGAUUCCCAAAAGACGUUAUAAUAAUGGGGAGGAGUUUGUGAAUCUGAGCCGCUGAGAGAAAAAAAAAAGCAUACAGAAGCAGCCUCCCAGAAAUUGCACAAAGCUUCGGCCCCAACACGCUACCUGUUCAUGUGACUAUCACAAGUUUUGUAAUAGCAACUCUGGUGGCCUGUAGCUUCGUUCACAUCAUAUGCCGAAUGCACUUCUAGAAAUUUAGGUGCUGUUCAUUCACUUUGCCAGUGUGUGGGUCUGCAAGGGUAAUUCAGGACGCAUGAGUUACUUUGAGUUUUUUCUGGUGGACCGUUUGCUUGAGUUGGCCAAGUGCCAUUGAACCCACUAAAUCUCUUAGAUAUGGCCGAGCUGCAGUUUGUGUUCAGCAUAUGUGCGUGUUUAAGUUAACGUCUAGAUUCUCCAGACUAAAAACUUGCCGUUACUUGAUAAGAGACAUCUUCACUUUGCUGUUUUUAAUAGUGCUUUACAA